GCUCGCGCACUGCGCUGAUGUUUUUGUCCGUUUGCUCCCGUGUCUUGUAUUGUUAUUUUUCUGUGUGCUCUUGUUGCGUUGAGGAACGAUUCUCGAACACACUCAAGCCCUGUCCGGUGACAGCAUUGUAUGAGCGCCCUGUAGUGUUUUAGCAUAGGAGGCUGCUGCGCGCUUGGGUGAUCGUGUGGAUUUGUGUUGGUGUUGUUCGUCGCUCGAGGAACAUCAUCACACAGAGAAGGAGAUAUCAAAAUGGCUACUAGUGAUGAUGAACAUUACCAUCUCUAUGAAGUGUUUCAAAAUUGCUUCAACAAAAUCGCCAACAAGCAGCCUGAAAAAGCAGGCUAUCAGUCUCCAUAUGGCGGCAUGGACAAUGGCGUGUACGCGCCAGAGGAAUAUACUCACGAGAGUCCAGUGUCCGGUGGCCAAAGGUACACAUCGCCCAAAACGGGUGGCGCGCUGUACCAACAGGAUGCAUACUACGAUGCACCGGGCGGAUCAUGGUACCCCUCAUCGUCCAGCGGUGCGUACGCCCCCCACACAACCGGAGCAGGCUAUCACAACGUAGGACAUGGGGCACAUCUCGGAGGACCCCAACAUAGCCAUGAUCAGUAUGCAAUGUCGCCUGUUGGCGUUUCCCACAUGGACGGACAUUUAAACCAAAAUCAAACACAAGCACUUCCACCGAUGAGCACGUUUAGGGGAAACACUGCUCAGAUACCGUCAAUAGGUCCUCAAGGACAGAACUCACCUGCAAUCUACAACGCAAUCGCCGGCCAUCACAAUCAACAUGCACAACAUAGUCCAAUUGUACAAAAUGAUACACUCGUUGGCAACGCACUUAAAACGAUGUAUCCUACUGAGCAAAGUAUCAGCAGUUAUGGCUCGAACCCAACGACACCAGUGAACUCACCCCCUCCACUAACAUCACAACAGCAGCAAGCGGCCGCCGUGGCAGCAGCCGCCGCAGCCGCAGCUCAUCAGCAAUCCGCCGUCAGUAUACAUGUUCCCGGUGCGCCCGGAUCCUCCAGUGGUGCUGCCGGAUCUUCCGCCGCAUCUUCAGCGGCAGCAGCGGCGGCGGCGGCGGCAGCGGCAGCAGCUGCAGCGGCCGCGGCUGGUCCCUGGCAACAACUCAACCCUGUGAUCAACAACGGUGCUGGACCGGCGGCGGCGGCUGCUGCUGUGGCAGCGGCUGCGGCUCUCAAUGGCCUACCCAAUGGUUCCUACGCCCCCGAGCUCGUGCAUCGAGGUCUUCAGCACAUGGCUAACUCGCCCGAGAUCCAACCGCUGGACGAUGCGAUUGUGUCACUGCUUAGAGAACACUCUGAGAACGGAACGGGUACCCGAAUGGAGGAGCGUCUCGAUGAUGCGAUCAACAUCCUUCGGAAUCACUGCGAACCACAGGUCGGUGUAUCGCUCUCUUCGCUCGAUGCCAGCUCACCGUACGGUAGUGCGUCCGGAAGUGGGGCACAGAUCAUUCCACCACCCGGCAGUGCCCAGCUACGCCAGGACCCGAACAGCGAUCUACCACCAUCGGCGGUGACUGCUAGUGGACUCGUCCCGGUGAAAACGGAGAGAUUACCAAACACCCCCGUCGGAGUUAAUACCAAGAAACGCAAAGAACCUCCAGAUGCGGAUAGCAAGCCCAGCAGUUCCGUACCAGGCUCAACGAAAGGUGCAAAGCGGCCGCGAAAAUAUAAAAAUUCGCGUAGUUGUUCUAGUGCUGACGAUGAUGAUGAUGACGACGACAAUGAUGAUCCGGUAAUGAAGGACAGAAAGGAGAAGGAGCGAAGACAAGCGAACAAUGCGCGCGAGAGAAUACGCAUUCGUGACAUCAACGAGGCACUGAAGGAACUCGGCCGUAUGUGCAUGUCCCACCUAAAAUCGGACAAACCGCAAACCAAGCUCGGCAUACUGAACAUGGCCGUUGAGGUUAUCAUGACAUUGGAGCAACAAGUGCGAGAACGCAAUCUAAACCCGAAAGCUGCUUGCCUCAAGCGGCGGGAAGAGGAAAAAGCCGAGGACGGUCCAAAACUGCCCCCACAUAUACUGCAUCAAACGCCGUAUCCCUCACUACCCUAGGGUCCGCCGCCAAAUCUUCCCCACAACCCCGGACCGCCACAAUAGCAUAAUAAUUUAAAUAAUUUAAUUCGAAGAUAACACAGCAAGCGGCAGCAGCAGCAGCAACACACAUGUACAUAUACAACAGUAGUAGGUGAAUCGUGCGAGUGCUCGGACUGGUGCAUGUGGAUGAUGUGAGAAUGAGUUUGCCGUGGUAUGUGUAAUGAGAGCGCGCGCGCUGUUGUGAAUAAUAUGAGGCAAGUUUACGUUUUAAGACGGAGUGUGUGUUAUAAACGCUAGGAACAGGAACAAUAUGGCAAGGAAAAAACAAUGUUUUGCCGACACGUCUGUGAAAGCGCGGACCCCCAGAAGAUUCUCUAGUAUUCUAUAGAAAAUAAAACGUGGAUUGAGGCGGAGUAGUAGCAAGGACAAAAGCGAUGAGGAAAGGAUGUAAUCACACACAAUCACAGCUUGCUGCAAAAGUGAAGGGGAGUGCACUCCAUUACUACAGGUCAAAUCCGCGAAAAAAGUGAGUCAAAUCCGAGAGUGUUUUUUUCGCAACUGAAGGAAACUGUCCCAUUUGUGAAAUUUUACCAAAAUUAUGAUUAUUUUUCAAUAAAACGAUCUGAUGAUUGAAAUAUUUCACAUCAAUGAAUGCAUUUUGUUGUGAAACAUUUCACUCGAUCGGUGUGGGAGGGAUAAAAAGUAAAUAAUGGUGAGUACGAAAUUAUUGCCACACAGUAUAUUAUUGAAUCAGAUAUUCAGAUCGAAAUAUAUUUAGAUCAGGGCUGAUGGGCUACAUGUUACAACACAGUUCGGAAGCAAAAGGCAGUGCCAAUUUCGAUCAACUUGACCACAACAAAUCUGUGGCUAACGUGCGGUGAGAGUCAUGUCAAUAGGACACUCAGGCUGUCCCAAUUUAGCUAACAGCACCGAUAGUCACGUGGCAUGAAUUGUCUAUAGACGAUCGUUAUUGACCUGCAUCUGUCAAAGAUGUCAAAGAAAAUGCCCGCUUCAAGCUGUACAGGGACCACACGAUUCUGACUGAUUUCUCGAUCCCCCACACACGUUCUUAUAUUGGAUCCUAUUGUAUAAAUCGAGUCGAUAAGAGUUUUGGUCGUUAGCUCUGUUUUGCUUUCAUAGUCGAUCGCAUCGACUCUACAUCGAUUUUUCGAGUUGUUCUAAUGUUUUCCUUUGGUAAACAUUUCAGAAACGCUUAAAUAUAUGCAAUUAGCAAGAACUCGACUCGAUUAUCUCGAUUUACAAAAUACGAUUUUGCUCGAUGUGAUAGUGAUAAUGAUGGUCGAUUCGAUUUACAUAAUAUUGCCUAUCAUGGUAGAUGACAAGAGCUUCCGAUGAGCCAUCGAUGACUUUAUUCCACUGAAGGAAAAUCAAGAGGAGGCUCAUGGUCACAAAAUCUGAAAGUACCGGUCUUUGGCCGUGGAAUUCAUGGUUUUGUGGGGUUCGAAGGAGGCCCACGAAUUGAUCCAGCCGUUCUCUGAGACCUUAGUCGUUCCAAAUAAACUUCAGGAAGCACUAAAGGUGUUGAACAUGGAGAAGGAAUCGACUGGCAUCUCAAAGAUGACGGUUCUUAGCAUCUGUGUGAUCGUCAGGACUUAGAAGCACGUGAUACGUUCAUUCUACAGAACCUUUUUCCCCUUUGACAACAAGAAAUUCGGGCAGACAACUGUUUCUGGUAAGGCUGUGUCUGAGCGAAAGAGUGUCAAAAUUCAACACUUUUCUUGACUUCUGAACCCUAACUUUGUGGAACCACAACCUUCUGACGUAGGAAUACGAAUUUCAUUUCUGUACUGUGGUGAAGGUUCAAAGUUUUGAAAACUAGAACGAGAACGAAGUGGUAUGAUAAUCACUUCAUUCGGAAGAUAAACGGUUUACGAGUGAUUUUUGAUAAUUAAUGAUCCAAACACUUGCCCCUAUAGGCCAAAAAAUGCCUUGAAAGUAAACUAUUCAAAUCCCGACAAUCUUACUUAUUGACGGUGCACGUAAGCCGGGAACACUUCUAUUCGUAUGCUUCGUAUGCAAUUGCACGCCGGAAUGUGUUUUCCAAACACGAACUACGGAAGCGUGUGCCAUUAGUGUUCUCCGAGGGAACCUUUUCCCUGGAUUUGUACAAUCUUUCCUUUCGGCUUACUUAUGGACUGAAUCCCCUAAACCGUAGCAAACCCCAACUAGGGCAGCCACUAACUCGUCAUGAUCCGCCAGCUCCAAAAUGGUCCAUUCGAUACGGCGGAGCACGUGAUCUGCUAUUCAGUUUGGGAUUUACUUUUCUUUAUAUUUACCUUGAACUCCUUCCCUGUUAGGAGUUCGGAUGACGAUGGUGAUUUCGAAUUUGGAACUUGUGCGUUGAUUGAUAUUUCUUGAAUAAUUUUUGCUUGAUCCGGUAUCCUUCAUUGGGCGCAACUACUUGUCGGUGAUUGAACUGAACUUAUUCGACUUCGUCCGUCCGUUUUGUUCCUCUAUUCUUAGCUUUCACCCGCAUAGGGUCCCAAAUAAACAUUGCAUUAUGUGCCCUAUUCUUUCGUGGCCUUUGCGCACAUCCCAUGCGCGAUGAAGGGUGAGACCUAGAAAUACAAUUUUAUCACCUCUCUGGCUCAUACAGCGCUCUCGCCUUGGGUCUUAUCAAAACAUGCUUUCCACGAAAAAAAGUUCAAGUGGGAAACAUGUGGCUAAUUGCGAGAAAUAAAAUGUCUAUUUCUAUUCCUUCGCCUAGCACACUACCGCUAGAACUAGAACGCUAACUAGUUUAUUCGCCCAUAUCUCGCUUGGGUCUUGUUUAUUAUAAAUUCUGGCGCAUUUAUCUUUGAAGCUAUACAUACAGAUUUUGAAAGAAAGGAACAGACACGUGGUUCUCCCGCUGGCAUUGAUUACAUUCGAUUCUUUUCUUUGUUUUUCAAAUGCGCCUGUAUUUUAUUUAUUUAUUAUGCGCUUGUUUGCGCUCAAAUUGCCGGCCCUGUUAUCUAAGCUGGGUCCGUAACAGCGGGAUUAUCGUCACUGAUGAUGCAAGCAAGCUGCGAGAGAUCCCGAUGUCAUUGGACCUUGUUAAGACUGCCAACUAAGAGUACUUUAUAAUGUUCGUUCACGCCGACAAUAAUUUUCCAGUCCUACGUUAACAAUGCGGUAGUGUCUUGAACAUCACCCUUCUGGUUUUGGCUAAACCACGGUUUCAUGGUUCCUCGGUUUUAGCUUAAAAGUUUUAGCGGUUUUAGCGGAAGACAACGGGAAAUGAGCAAAACGCACCACAACAUGGGUGAUUUUGGAACCAACUCAACCAGCGGAUGCCGAGCAAUGAUCUCUGGGGUCGUUUCGGAAUUCGAGUUGAGGACUUCGGGUUAGCCAUAAUGGACCGGAGAUUUCGAGAUUCAAAAUGAAGACUUCCGGUUAACCAAACUGAACCGGAAGUCGGUAGGGAAUGGCCAUAAAAUCUCACAACAUCGAUAUUUUCUCAACAGUCUCGGCUCAAGGAAGCUAAAUAUUGAUCUUUUUUUAUUUUGGAAUUCUAAAUGGCGACUUGCGGGAAACGGGAAAUGGCCAAGAGGCGCCACAACAUGGGUGAUUUUGAAUCCAUCUCGACCAGCGUAUAUCAAGCAAUGCUCUCAGGUCAUUUCGGAAUUUGAAAUGAGAACUUCCGGUUAUCCAAACUCGACUGUAAGUCAGUCCGGAAUGGUCAUAAGACCCCCCGCUCUUAAUAUCGACAUUUUUAGAAAUGCAUUGACCAGCAGAAGUUUAAUCUUUCUGAGGUCAUUUUGGGAUCCAAAAUUCCGACUUCAGGUUGGCCUAAAAAAACAAAAGUUAUCCGGAAAUGACCAUGAGGACCCAUUAGAACUCACAACGAUAGCAUUUUCGGAAUCGAUUCGACCAGCGACCAUCUUAGAGUUCAUUUUGGAAUCCAAAAUGGUCACUUCCGAUUAGUCUGGAUUGAGUUCGUGGUUCAAUAGUUGUCAGGCUUGACAUAAUAUCUUUGGCGUUUCAGAUUGACGUAGUGAAUCCGAUUUUUGUCCGCAGUGACGAUUCAAUGCAAAAAAGACAAAAUCGUCAUUCGACAUCUGUCACCUUCAAAUCGUGUGGAACAUAAUUUCCUUGCUCUUGGAGGUAUUCUGCGGCUUUGAGUCGUUUAGAAAUAGCUUGUCGAGUUACUCCCACUGACUCUGCGAGCUAUGUUUGCGUUUGACACGAAUCUUGAGCGAGUAAUGUCUCUGAUUUCUCGUCUUCAAACUUUUUCAGUUGACCCAGAUGCUUUCUGUCUUCAACAAUAGAAUCACCAUUUUAAAAUCGUCCAAACCACAUUCCCUAUCCGAUCAAAUUCGACAAGCAUUCGAUGCGGUUUAGCUGCAUUUUUCUUUAAAUGGGAAUAGAAAAUCAAAACGUCCCGAAAAUCGUGCUUAUUGGCAACGAAACUCGAAUAACGCAGUAAAAAUUGAACUUAUGCAAAACUCAAAGACUUGUAGAAAAUGUUUAGAUGACAGAAGUUGACACUUCCCGAAUCAAUCGACUAUUUAUAGCACCUUGAGUCAUCUUGCGGAAACGAAAUUACACAAUUUUUUACGUCAUUUUUUUUUUUUUUGCGCGGACGCAUCGACCUCGAGAAAAGUGAUUCCAGUCUAAUAAUAAGGCCACCCUAAAUUUUUCGCAUUUGCUCUCAUCUCGGCAGGAUGUAAACAAUACACUACAAAGUAAACCUAUGCAGAGUUGGGUAAUUUCUGUGUAAUGUGACCAAACAAUUACAAGCAUUCGAAAUUGUGGCAAUAAUUUCCUACUCGUCAUCUGUAUUCAUUUAGCAAUUUUAUAAUUUUAUUUUUUCCAGGAUAAUGAUUUAAAACUAUUAUUGUUGUGUUUUGUGCUCGAUCAAUGCAUUCUGUUUUAAAAUAAAUGUUUUGUCGGUAGACUCGUCAUCAUUUUGAUAUCAUUUGCUCAAGAUGAGAUGACUCUACGGAAGGUAGUUUCCAAGCAUGUUACUAAAACUGCACUCGGAGAGGGCACUCGCUAAUAAAAUCGAACAUUUACCGUCAACAGUAUUGCUCCUUGUAUUCACUACACAAUCACUCAAUCAUAGAAAAAAGGUUCAUGAACUAUGAAAGCAAUCAAUGUAAUCAGGCAGACUCAAAACAUGAUAUGAGAAAAAGUCUCAUCUAAUCUCUCGGUUUUGUUAAUCAUCGCUUUUUGUGUGACUCCUUCUUUCCCUUUUCACAACAAGCUCCAUCCACAAUACGGAAGAUUUCCACUUAACCUGUACUGGUAACCGAAACAAAACUUAUUUUCGCAACAAACAGUUACUUACAUUUAUAUACUUAAUUUCGCGCAAAAUUUCACAUAGUGAGAUAGCAUCAGAGAGACCGCCAUUUAGACCCCAGGACAAGAAUAUGACCGCAGAAUAUGCACAAGUGACAAAUCAGUUUUAUAUUUAUGAUUUCAUCAUCCUCCAUCCUCUGUAUGUAUGUAUGAGUAGAAGCAAGAAAGAGUCCUAUUUUUUCCUCUCGUUCACUUCACAAGCGUAUUUAGUACUCUUAGUAGGCUAUAAGUUUCUUCGUUAGCUUUAGUUUUCCUCUGUUUACUGUCUAACGAAAGGUGUAGAGUUAAGCUUCUAGUUUUGUUUCCUGUGUAAGGCAAUCAUGAAAAAAAGGUAAGGUGUAUCUCUGUAACGCACACAAGAGUGUUUUACGUUGUGUUUUUUGGUAACCUAUUUCUUCUGCAUACCAAGAGCGAGAAAGAGCGGGAAAUAAUAAGAUGUAAUGUGAUAUGUAAAAUUAAAGCAAGGCUCGGAAAUGAUGCACACCACCCCCACACUUUUAUUCAGAAACAGAAAAAAAGCGGCGCACCGAUUGUAGGGAUUCCCCUAUGGGGAGGGAUUAUCACCUGGAGGUGGAGAGCGGAAAAGGUAGCUAGGCAUUGAAGCAUCACAUUUUUUUCCCACAAUUGAAGAUUUCCGAAGAAAUCUCUCCAUCGGGACAUCGAGGUGAUAAGUGCUUUCCCACUGGGAGUGAAAAUUUACUUAAUAUUCUUUUUACCUCUAGUUGCUAAGUAGAUGACAGGACAAAUGAGUUAUAUUAUUUCAAUACUGUAAAAUGCAAACACAGCAAGAAAGAUAGAAAAAUUUUAUGGUUAGUUAUUUUUUAAUUUUAUUUUAGUUUUCCUUUUAUGAAUAUAUUAAAAAUUGUAUUUUAACUGGUAGUUUUAUUGCUAUUUGUAACAGAGAAUAAGCACAUGAGCGCAGAAAUAAAUCGAAAGCAGAUAAAAAAAAAGUUCAUUUUUGGUAUGAGAUAAGCCCGCAGAUAACGCAAGAAAAAAAGAGUCUAACGCGCAAAGAGAUGUAUAAUUGAUUGUAUAAAGUAUCGAAGAAACAGCAUUUCUUCGAAAUCUGCGGAGUGAAACUUUGGAUCACAAAGCAGAACAUUUCAGUUUUUUUUUGUAUUCAAAUCUUGAUAAACCGUUUAUUUUAUUAACCUAAUUUUAAUAGAGAAGUAGAAUGCUUUCGGCGAAGCUGAGUCUUGCACCGGGGCAGCAAGGAAAACAAGAAACAGAAAGGUAUUUUUAUGGAAAAACUAUAUUUUAUAACGUUUUAUAUUCGAGUCGUGAGCGUGAGCUUAGAGUAAAUAUUUCUUGAAAGUGAAAUUUUUAUCGUCUUGAUUUUUCAUCAUCAAAAUGCAGACACCAUUUGCACAGUAUCUUUUUUUUUAUUGAGUCAGACACCAACGACAACUGAAUGAGAGGCACAGAAUAUAAACAUUUUUUUUCUUCUGGCGGAAGCUUGUUCUCACAUUGUUUUAUAUUAAUUUUCCCCGGUAAAUUUCUGUCUUAUAACUGAAUAAA